GCAAAGUCAUCAAGUGUAAAUGUUCAAAAGGGUGCAGGCUCAGUGGAUGGAGCUGUAGAAAUAAUCGCAACAGCAAACACGGAAUUGAGAACAAGUAAUAGAGCGUGUAAUACAGUGUAGAGAUAGGAGUGUUUGGAGCUGAUGUCCACUUUGAAACAGGAGUAUCUCGUACUUGCCUAUCUAGUUCUUUCAACUAUCCGUGUUACAUUUCUAAAGAACCGGAAGAAUUUCGCUAAAGUCGAGUGCGCUUCGAGGCUCUGCCUUCUCUGGAAGAUUUAAACACAACGACCGUCUGCCUCUAAGUUAUCUUAUGCACUGACAACAUUAUUUAAAACAGUCUUGCUAUGUUUUGAUUCUUUAUGUUGUGUCAACAGUUUUAAAAGAGUUACAUUCUCCUUAGUCUCCUGAUGUAGGUUGUAGGCACGUGUAACAGUAUCCUUCGGUUUUUGCUUCCAAAAGUCUUUUAUUUCUUAGACUUCGAACACUAUUUAAACAAUACCCUCCUCUGCAUUGAUUAUAGCUCUAAAACAAAUUCCUUCCGCUUCCUCGUCGUUCAGCGUGGAUUGUCUGUAAACUGCCUGAACUGUUCUUUUCAGACUACGAAUCUAUAGCGUGAUUUUGUGCGUAAUAGUUAGUUUUCAAUUAGUGCACACUGUGCAAAAUAUCUGGCUUAUAAUUUCAUGUACAGUGCCCAGUCAACAGUUAGGUAAAGUUUUCGACACGUUCACCUGAUAAUUUUGCUAGGACUUCACUCUUCUUCUGCAGGCUGCGUAUAUUCCGUAUUAAUAAAUACUUCACAUCCAGAAAUUCUCAAUUCAAUUUACGAACGGGACAGGUUAUCUAAACACUGGAAAUAAUCUAUAUCUUUUCAUAAAAAGAUGUCAUCAACCAAUUGGGAAAUCGAACUAAAAGUGCAGACUACUGCCGAGAUCGUUACUGAGAUCUUCCUGAAUAGGUUGAACAAAAAAUAUAGCCUUCACAGCAGAAAAAGAUACCACGUCUCUAUUUUUACACGCUGACUUCAAAAAAACAAAAGCUUACACCAAAGAGUGGAUUCUUGUAAAUCUUAUUGGAAGCGUACAGAGAAUUCACGUGGCUGCCGAAUGGCACUGACUUGGUGACGCUGUAUGAACUCUAUACAGAAAGUUUCAAGCCUGUUCAAAGAUCACAAGAUGGCAUUGGGUUGUGGAGCUAAGUGUGCCAAAGGCGUUCUUAUUGCAUUUAACGUGGUUUUUUGGCUUUCCGGUGCUGCUAUGCUUGGCAUUGGUAUAUACUUUCUUGUCGAUACAGACAAAGUAACUCUCUACCGUUUGUACUAUACGGAUGGAGAUUACGCCUUGAUCCAGUACCUAGCUUACGGUUUAAUUGGAGUUGGAGGGCUAGUGUUUGUCGUGGGUUUCUUUGGGUGCUGCGGAGCUGUAAGAGAAAGCAAAUGUAUGCUCCUCACGUAUUUUGUUUUCCUCUUCCUUAUCCUUGGAUGUGAGAUUGCCGUUGGAAUCUUAGCAGUUAUAUUCAAAAACAAGGUCAUCAAAGGGAUGGAGGAUAACGUGACGUCAAAAUUGAAGAACAAGUAUGGAAUGGAUGAAACCAUAACAGAAUCCAUUGAUUUGGCCCAAACAAAAUUUGGCUGCUGUGGUGUAAAAGAAGCAAAAGAUUAUGAUAAAAUUAAGUGGAAGCUUGAUAACCUUGGCCAAGGAGACAACGUCAGUAAGACAUGCUGUGUCCUGAAAAACCACGAUGACAUUGACGCUUUCAAAAAUCCAAAACCUGUAAACGAAACGUUGUGCCAGUCGCAAGAUUUGAAGCAAAACGUGAAAUUUCGUCAUCAGAAGGGGUGUUUGGAGAAGCUGGAAGAGUUUAUUCGCGCGGAGAGCACGCUGUUGUUGGGUAUUGGAUGUGGUAUAGCAAGCCUACAGGUAUUUGGAAUGGUUUUCGCCAUUUGCUUGUGCAGAGAAAUCUGAAAAAUGCCAUUCAUCACAAGUGCUACAUUUAUAAAUUGUAUGCACAUGAACAGUCAAAUGAGUUCGAAUUGAAAACCUUUACAGUCAUUGUUAAACAAACUAUGAUAAAACUAACGAGACCAAACAUCUCUGGUCCUCAUCAUGGCUUCCUGCUGACUCAAAUUGUUUCUUCAGAUAAAACAAUGUGAAAAAUAACUAAAGACAUUUACAAGAUUAUGAUGAGUAAUGGACACCAUCUUGAAUUAUUGAUGCCUGGAUCUGCGUUUGACGCCAUCUGUCCGUCAAGUUAUAUAUACGUUAAAUUACAAUGUUUUGAAAGUUAUUGAUGUGUACUUCAAAAGACAAAUGGAUGCAGUCAUUCAAGUUAUAAUUAUCACGGGUACAGUAUCAUAUGCAGAAUGCAGAGACGGCGUCAACCAAACGUCUGGCAAUUCUGGAAUAAACCAUUGAAACUGAAUUGUUUUUCAUUAUGUUUUAUCGACUUAUAUAAUCGUACGUGUUGUUUUGUAUAGUUAUUUUAGGUUUAAAUAAUGAUUGAAUGUAAACUAUAAAAAAGAAAGAAAAAUGUCAGUACAAAGCACAUGUGCUUUUGUCUUGAACAAAGUGAAAUGGAUGUAAUUAAGGGUUUGCUCUAAACAUCAACUUUCGAAAUGAUUCACGGAAACAUCGCUUUAUAAAAUAUUUAACUUAAACCAAAGUAAGUAAACAUUAGAAUAUUUGCAAAAUUCCUAAACAUCAAAACGUGGAAUUGUUUUAGUUGGUCCAAUGAAAACGUCUAAUUGUUUUAGUUAGUUUAACUUAGUUUCCAUUAUCAACUUAGAGAAUACUCCUUUGUUUAACUUGGAAGAUGGUGCACCAAAGAGAAGACAAAACAUGAAAAACAUGGAUUAAAUAAAUAUAAAUAAUGUGAUUAAACAGGCAAUUUAUAGACACAAAAUGUGGCUUCGGUUUUAUUUUCUGUUCCGUUGUUAUUUAUAAUAUCACAUACGUAUACGAAAAUAAUUUCAUAAAUCCUGCCGCAUUCUAGCACAACACAUUUUCAUAACUACAUGUCUCAUAUUUGUUUUGCUAUAUGUUAUGCCACAAAUUCGGGAUGGAGUAUCUGAAGAAAACUACUAAAUUCAUGCAUUACCCUUGAAAGUUGAAGCUAAUCUCAAAAAUUAAAGUUUCUGCGAGAUAUAAAACCCUUAAGAACAUUAUCAUAAAAAUGUAAACAGCAUGCAUCACAAAGUAGCUAACAGGAUGCAUAUGUCAUCAUUUCUUUCCUUCAGACAUAAGUACUCGAAUUCUUGAUCUAACUGUCAUCGUUCAGUUAAGAUUCAAGAACACAUUUUCCGUGAUUCCGUUAUGUAGACAUUAGUUGUGAUAUAUUUGUAUAAAUAGAAUUUUCUUGAAACUUCUCACCAGCUUAAACUGUGCUUUAAAUGGUGAUAUGUCUAAGCAUAAUUAACUAUUGAUAACAAUUUUAUAUUCUGUUAAACUUUGUCAGUUGUUGCUUUUGGAAAUCUACUUUGCUUUUUUUUUCAGAACAGUUAGUAGAAGUUUUCAAUGAGAAACUUAAGCAUGUAUUUAUUAUAUUGUAAAUUUUGCCUUCACUGUUACAAUGUUUCAAUCUAUUUUUAUGUAGCAUGUUUAUUACUUGUUUGUGGAACACAUGAUGAACAUAACAAAGUAGCUAAGUUUAGUGGUCGUACUUCACACACUAAUCAAGCAGCAUGGGCGCCAAACCACUCAGAAGUAGCAAAUUCAUCUCAGUUUGGGAUUUGCUAAGUUAAGCUGUAGCAUAAAUGAACUUUCAGAAGCAAUUAUUCAAAUCAGUCCCAAGCUGAGAUGUCGUAAUCGACCUUUGAUCUCAGUCUUAAGUUGAGAUGACGUACACGACAGUUGAGCCCAGUCUCAAGCCGAGGUGUAAUACAAGACAGUUGAGCCCAGUCUCAAGCUGAGAUGUCAUACAAGACAGUUGAGUCCAGUCUCAGGCUGUGAUGUCGUAAUCGACCGCUGAGCUCAGUCUUAAGUUGAGAUGACGUACACGACAGUUGAGCUCAGUCUUAACUUGAGAUCACGUACACGACAGUUGAACCCAGUGAUCAAGCCGAGGUGUAAUACAAGACAGUUGAGCCCAGUCUCAAGCUGAGAUGUCAUACAAGACAGUUGAGCCCAGUCUCAGGCUGUGAUGUCGUAAUCGGCCGCUGAGCUCAGUCUUAAGUUGAGAUGACGUACACGACAGUUGAGCCCAGUCUUAACUUGAGAUCACGUACACGACAGUUGAGCCCAGUGAUCAAGCUGAGAUAUCAUACAAGACAAUUGAGCUCAGUCUCAAGCUGAGAUGUCGUAAUCGACUGUUCAGCUCAGUCUUAAGUUGAGAUGACGUACACGACAGUUGAGCCCAGUCUCAAGCUGGGUUGUCGUAAUCGACCUUUGAGCUCAGUCUUAAGUUGAGAUGACGUACACGACAGUUGAGCCCAGUUUCAAGCUGAGAUGUCAUACAAGACAGCUGAGCUCAGUGAUCAAGCUGAAAUGUCAUACAAGACAGUUGAGCUCAGUCUUAAGUUGAGAUGUCGUAAUCAACCGUUGAGCUUUCUGUUUGAACCCGACUGUUACUUUGGCUCACUGUUUAGCUGUUUCCUAUUUCAAUCCAAGUUUGAUAUUAAUUUACCUGUUAUUAGUUGUAAAAGUAGACUAAGUAAUAUAUAUAUAUAUAUAUAUAUAUGAGAUAUCUAUCUUAAAAGUAAUAAUUUUUCUUAGUGUUAGUAAACAAUAGUUUUAUCAGGAUGUCCGUAAUUAAUUGAGAUAUUCAAAUAAUUUUAUGACCUAUGAAUUUUAUGACUGCUGUUACCUUAAUUCUUGAUGUGGAUGAAGUUUCGGCCUUCAUGCUAGGACUUGUUUAGUCCGAAACGUCGUCCACGUCAAGACCUAAUAAAGAGCGGUCAUACUUCCAGCUUUACACUUUUAUAACCUAUAUAUUUUGUACCAGAAAACUUGAUUUUUAAAAAGUUUAAGUUACAUGAUUUUGUAGCAAGUUAACAAUGCAAUGUAAAUGAUGUUCUGAGGUUACGGGAGUCUGAAAGUUUUAUUGUAGCAAGUUAAUAAUUUAAUGUAAAUGAUGUUCUGAGAUUACGGGAGUCUGAAAGUUUUAUUGUAGCAAAUUAAUAAUGUAAUUUAAAUGAUGUUCUGAGAUUACGGGAGUCUGAAAGUUUUAUUGUAGCAAGUUAAUAAUUUAAUGUAAAUGAUGUUCUGAAGUUACGGGAGUCUAAAAGUUUUAUUGUAGCAAAUUAAUAA